AUGCACGUCCAUCCAGCAGAGCAGGGCACCGGGAAAGACCGCAAAGAAGAAAGUGUCCGGUUUAAGGUCAACAGUCCUCGAGGGACGCCCCAGGCUGCGCCGGCCCCCUCCCCCUCGGCGCCUACCCCCGCGCCCAGAGCCCCUCGCUGCGCGCCCGACCUCCCUUCGCGCGCACCUCCGCGGCGCCGCCGCCGCCGCGCCUCCCGCACACGCCUCCCCCCGACUCCACCGCCCUCGGCGGGCACAGCCCGGCCCCGGCGCGCCUUUGUGCAGCGCCUCGCCAACCUGCCCUCCGUCCGCCAGGACCCGCGCCCUGCACCUCACCGGGAGCCCGGCGGCCUCGCAGCAGGCGGCUCCCUUCUUAGUCCGCCCCGCGGCUGCGGGUCGACGACGCGAGCCCGAAGAGCGUUCACACGGCUACGGCCGCGGCCGGCCAGUCCCCGUAGGCUGGCCUCUGAGGGAGGCCUAAUCUCGGAUGAUACCACAAUGCCCACAGUAUGCUGAUCACCACCAACAGCAGAUGGAGUCGGAUAAAAAGAGCUUUCUCGCUAGUGUGUUGUUUUAAAAGAACCUGAUGGAGAGCUAUGAUCAUAUGUAACACUGCCUCUAGUUAGUUUUUAAAUAACACUUGUAGCAUAUGUCUGGCGCCUGUGCUCAGGAUUUCAACAGAUCAUUUUCAGGAUUUUGACAUUUAACUGGCUUCUUAUGAAGUAGCAGAGAGUUCCAAAAUGUAGAACUGAAAUAUAAGCUCCACACACAGGCAGAGAUUUGAGUCUGAUUUGUUUGUGUGUAUAUCCCAAGUGCCUAAAAGCACUUGGCAUACGGUAGAUGCACAAUAGAUUCCUGUUAAAUGUAUUUUUAGGUGAAAAUGUAGUCUGUACUUUGCAUAAACUUGUCCUACUUUCUUCCUAGUUCUUUAAUAAGUAACCUACUUUUCAUUAUAUAUUUUUAAAUGAAAAAACAAAAUUAUAUCUGGCAUCACUACUUUGGCUGGGCUAUAAAGAAACAGGAAUUUGGCAGUAUGUAUUAAAAUUACAAAUGCAUAUAUACUCGGAGCCUUGAAUUUCAUUUCCAGGGAUUUAUGCCACAGAUGUUUCCACACAUAAGAAAUAACAAGGUGUUUCUUAUUGUUGAGAAUAGCAAAAGAUUGGAAACAAGCUAAGUAUCUAUCAACAGGAUACUAGUUAAAUUAUGAUAGAGCCAUAUGUUUGAACAUUGUGCAGCUGUUAAUCAAAAAAAACAGAAAGUUCUUUGUUUUAACAUUAAGAUCUCCAAGAUUUUUUUGUUAAGUGAAAAACACAGAAAUAUGGUACAGAAUAUUGUAUUAAAUUGUAUAUGCAUUAAACUAGGACAAAGUAACAUGAGGUAUGAGAACACAGUAGAUGGAAAGCAUAAGAAAUAGAACUUCAUUGUAUUCAUAUUUAAACUUUUUGAUAUUCAAAAUUUCAGAAUGUUUUAUCUAUUCAAAUAGUGAAAAUGUUUAAAAUUU